GGACGCGGCCGCGGCCAACGCCAGCCGGACCCCGCUGCAGAAUAAUCUCAACAUGGAAAGUGCCUCGACAUCAGAAACCAGCUUUCCUCCGUCCAAAGAAGCACCCGGGGAACAUUCAGACCACCAGGCCGGACACCAGCCCUUCCCCAGACAGCAAUUCCAGCAAGAGGCUGGGCACCCUUCAUUGCAAAGAGAUGGCCCCAGAUCCUUUCUCCUUGACCUACCCAACUUUCCAGAUCUUUCCAAAGCUGAUAUCAAUGGACAGAAUCCAAAUAUCCAGGUCACCAUAGAGGUGGUGGAUGGUCCUGACUCUGAAGCAGAGAAGGAUCAGCACCCGGAGAAUAAACCCGGCUGGUCAGUGCCGUCGCCCGACUGGCGGGCCUGGUGGCAGAGGUCCUUGGCCCUGCCGAGGGCCCAGGGCGGUGACCAGGACUACAAGUACGACAGCACCUCAGACGACAGCAACUUCCUCAGCCCCCCCGGUGGCUGGGACCGUCCGGCCCUGGGCCACCGGACGUUUGAAACCAAAGAACAGCCCGAAUAUGAUUCCACAGACGGUGAGGGCGACUGGAGCCUCUGGUCUGUUUGCAGUGUCACCUGUGGGAAUGGCAACCAGAAACGGACCAGGUCUUGUGGCUAUGCGUGUACUGCAACCGAAUCUAGGACGUGUGACCGUCCCAACUGCCCAGGAAUUGAAGACACCUUCAGGACAGCUGCCACUGAAGUGAGUCUGCUUGCGGGAAGUGAAGAGUUUAAUGCCACCAAACUGUUUGAAGUCGACACUGACAGCUGUGAGCGCUGGAUGAGUUGCAAGAGCGAGUUCCUAAAGAAGUACAUGCACAAGGUGAUCAACGACCUGCCCAGCUGCCCCUGCUCCUACCCCACGGAGGUGGCCUACAGCACAGCUGACAUCUUCGACCGCAUCAAGCGCAAGGACUUCCGCUGGAAGGACGCCAGCGGGCCCAAGGAGAAGCUGGAAAUCUACAAACCCACAGCCCGGUAUUGCAUUCGCUCCAUGUUGUCCCUGGAGAGCACCACGCUGGCUGCCCAGCACUGCUGCUACGGCGACAACAUGCAGCUCAUCACCAGGGGCAAAGGGGCGGGCACGCCCAACCUCAUCAGCACGGAGUUCUCGGCGGAGCUCCACUACAAAGUGGACGUCCUGCCCUGGAUCAUCUGCAAGGGCGACUGGAGCAGGUAUAACGAGGCCCGGCCCCCCAACAACGGACACAGGUGCACCGAGAGCCCCUCCGACGAGGACUACGUCAAGCAGUUUCAAGAGGCCAGGGAGUAUUAAAGAGACGCCGCCGCUGGUGUGCCGCGCCGAUCGCAGCCCGGCGGACUGCCGCUCUCACCAGCGCACCUGUAUAUACCGCGCGGGCGUUUGUCCUAAGUUACACCAGGGCUGGGCGCCGGGCCCUCGCAACUGCCAUCUGAAGCCACCGUUGCCAUCUUCAGUGUCAACAGCCCCCCCUUGGAACUCUUCCGAGGGAGGGAUGUUCUCAGGAGCAUAUGGAGAAAGAAGCCGGAAGAACUUGGAAGCCGUGGUGGGUGGAAUUCAACUCACUUCGGAUUCAGUGGUUCCGAGAGAAGCAAUGGGGCAAAGAGACUGAAAUUGUAAACGUGAUAAGCAGUUUUAUGUAUAACUUAUUUAAUAUGAAUGUGAUUUAUGCAUAACCUUUUCUCUGGAGUUGUCAUCCCGAAAUUAUUUAAUCACUUCCGUGAGAGUUCAGAAAGGGGCUUUAGGGAGGUGGAAGAGAAAGGGAAUUUUCUAGGAAUGACUUCUUUAAAAACGAGAAAUUCAGUAGAAGGAUAUCAACAUAAGAAAGCCUGAAACCAAAGGUGAGUUAGCCAGUGAGGUACCUUGCUGAAGUCUCAGCUGCCAAAAUGCCCUUCCCUCAGACUGGGAGAGGGUAGAGGGGGAGCAGAUGGAUAUUUUAAGAGCAAAUCUGAGACCUGGUUUUAAAUAAGCUUUAAAAUAAAGGAUGAUAUUAGCACAAUGCUGUAAUUCUACUAAAGGACACCAGAAUGGUAGAAUUUCUGCUCGUGCCUUAAUAGGUUCAGAAGGCUACAGGAAUGUCAGACUUAAAAACAAAGAGUAGCACUUUUCCAAAGAAAACUGCAAAAUAAAUGGGGAAAGAACAUGAACUUCAUUUCAUCUAUUUUAUUUUCAUACCAUCUUAACAAUUUUUUCCUCCACCAAUAUAUUUCCAGUAAAUAAAUAUAAAAAUGAGGAAGGGAACUCAUCUAGAAAAUCCUAAUUUUUUAUGUUUUAAGAAAGGAAAAAAAAUACAUUAUUUUUGUAAAGUAUUUAUUGAGUCACUGAGUCUUGUGCAUCAAGCAAUUAUAAUAUUGGCCUGGUUCUGUAGGGUGGAACUUAGGACAAAUAAAGAGUUGGUUCUUAUGCAGUCUAUACUUGCAAAACUCCAGGGAAAGAGAUUAUAUAAUAAAAUCAUAAUAAAAUGUGUUACCUGCAGUAAAUGUGUUACCUGCAAAUAUUUAUGAUACAAAUUCUGUAAAUAGCCAUGGUAAAGCAGGGUUUCAAGGCAGGGGAGAGGAAGGUUCAAAACAGGUGGGAAUAAAAGGCUCAUUGAUUGAUGUAA